AUGGCAGCGCCACAAAGAUGGCCGAAAUUGGUGAUCUUCCUGCGCGUCUUCCAUGGAUCCUUCACCGACCUGGAUGAGAUUUUCCUUCCGAGCUUUUAUCGCUUCUGGCCUCGCAGAGAGUUUUGGCGCAGCGCCUUGGUGUUGCUUUGGGACUCCAGCGAGGCGGACCGUGCCGCUGCCCUGCGGCUCCACCAGCGAUGGGAUGGGCGGCUGACCAGGAAAGAUGGCGCACACAGGACCUGGCUAGACCUCUACGAAGAGAAGCCACCGGGCAACGUGGUGUGUGAUACCAAGAAGAGAGGCGCUAUAGAUCGGCCAUCCAAUUACGGCUACAUCCAACAAGCUCACUCCUACUUGGAAGCAGACUUGCGGAUCUAUGAGAAGCGGCCACUUCUUCUGGAGAUGUUGCAGGUUCCAGACCUGAAGGAUCUCUACCUCCUCUUGGCGGAUGCUGACAUGGCCUUCACGACCUUCAUCCAUCCGGUGCUCCUCUUCGACCGGCCCUUCUUCGACAACAGCUCGACCGCGCGCGGACCGGUGCCACGUGUGCAUGGAGUCUGGGGCCGGCGAGCAGAAGGUAGCAUCACGGAGGAGGCCAUGUUUCGCUCGACCGUCCCGGUGGCCGACUUCAUGGAUCAGCCGCCCUGGAUCUUCCGCGCGCGCGACCUGCCGGAGCUCCGCGCACGGGUGACGCAGGGAGUCUUCAGCAACCUCCACCGAUUCUUCGUCUCCGCCUACACGAAGGACGGCGUGGGAGGCCUCGCAUACCCCACAAGUCCGGCAUCCGCUCCGCCGGAGGGCGAUCCUCCUGUGGCCCUACUGCGCUGGAGGUCCCGAUCCAGCCCAUCUUGGCGUAGAUGGAUCCUCAGGUUCCAUAGCAAUCGCUCCGUUCAGCCUUCGCCGGCCUUCUUCGAGAAAAGCCCUCAAGAACGCCUGCAGGCGGAACUUCCCUUUGCGGAGAUGCAGAUCGCUUGGAUUGAUCCCAAGGAUCAGAACGUCACGGCGGAGGCCUCGGUCGCCUACGAGACCUUCACGUGGUCCACUGCCAUGGGCGUCGUUUGGAGAUGUGCACAUCCCUAUCAGCUGCAUUCGCUCCAUGAUCGAAGUGCUGCGCACAUCAACAUCCUGUUCAACAACCUCUUCUGGCAGACCGGCGCCGGUGCAGAUGGCACCUACCGCUGGCUCUUCCGGCGUCCUGCCUUCGAAGUGGACCCGGAAGAGCGCGAUGUCAUGGGAGGCGCCGUCACGUUGGACCAUUUGCGGUCCUAUCACAUCACCGCCAAACUGGGUGAGCAUUUGUUUCAGAGCUUCCCUUUGAGCCGGUAUCACGUGGAGCUUCUGCGCCGCCACGACCUCGCCAGCACGGAGAGCGUGCGUGAGCUGCUGUCAGCACUGGGCCAUUCCACUCCAUGUUUGGAUCAUCCUCAUGGUUUCAAGGUCAUGAAGCAUUGGAACUCUUUGAAGACCAAACGACACUUUGCAGAUCACAACCAGAUCGGUCAGGACAGGAUGAUGCCCAACAGCCGCCAUACGCAGUGGCAGAUGUGUUUGUACGACUUUUUCAUCAACACCUCACAGGGCGAAGCGGGAUCGAUGGAUGUGCCGGGUCUGGAGCUUUGCGAUGAGAUGUUGGCUGCUCACUGCAGUGGGGCGACCUUCCUGGACCUGCGGAAGGAGUGCUGGGAGAAGACCUGGGAAUGCUUGUCUCCUUGGAUGCUCUGCGAAGAGAGCUUGUGGCGGCUCAUUUUGCUGCUCAACCAACACAUUGACAACAACCCCUUCUUAAGCUCCUCGUGCCGCUUGCUUUACCGCCCUGGCCUGGAUCUCUCCCAGGACCAAUCCUACCUGAGCUCCGGUGAGAGGAUGGAAAUAGAGAAUCAGCGUCGACCGGCGUGCCAAGCGGCAGAGCAGUCGAUCUUGGCAAGAGAGCAUUUGGAUGGCUCCUCCCUGGGGCUCAGCUUCAACUACUAUCAGGUGCUCGCGAGCACCUGCGAGAUAUUCGACUUGGGUCACCUGCUGCAGUGCCACCUGGAGCAAUUGCAGGUGCUCCAGAGUGACCUAUUGAGUAGUGCUUGGUCACAUCUGCGCCCAUGA